AGUUGGGUUUUGGUUGGUCGAUUAUAAGUUAGUGGCAAAUUCACAUAAAAGUCGGCUCCUUUUUCAUUCUACAUUUUUCUCAAGUCUCUCAACUUCCAUACUAAAAGAAUUGUUUUUUAGUUUUAUAGUACUAAAAAAAGAGAGAACUUUGGAAGUUGAAUGCUCCAAUAGAUUAUUUUAACUUCAUCUUCCCAGACAAAUACUGCUCAUUUCGGCAUCUUUGUUCUUUAGAUUCCUUUUCUUUUUUCUUUUUGGAUCAAAAAAGGGUAUUCUUGCCUCUAAUUGUAUAAGGAAAGUUAAAAAGUUGCAAAAAAUUUUGGGUUUAUCCAUGGCUUCUGCUUCUUUUCUUUUUGCAGCCACUGGUUUGAGUUCAGUGGGUGGGGUGAAGUCUCCAAGGCUCUUUGUGAAAUCUUCUUUAGACAACAAUGUUUCCGACAUGAGUGUUAAUGCUCCAAAGGGGUUGUUUCCACCUGAACCUGAACAUUAUAGGGGACCAAAGCUGAAGGUGGCUAUUAUCGGAGCCGGCCUUGCGGGCAUGUCAACUGCGGUUGAGCUAUUAGAUCAAGGCCAUGAGGUUGAUAUAUAUGAAUCAAGGUCUUUCAUAGGAGGGAAAGUCGGUUCUUUUGUCGAUAGAAGAGGAAACCACAUCGAGAUGGGGCUGCAUGUUUUCUUCGGUUGCUACAACAAUCUAUUUCGUUUAAUGAAAAAGGUGGGUGCUGAUAAAAAUCUGCUUGUGAAGGAUCAUACUCACACAUUUGUAAACAAAGGGGGUGAACUUGGUGAACUUGAUUUUAGAUUUCCAGUUGGAGCUCCUAUACAUGGAAUGCGUGCAUUUUUAUCGACAAAUCAGCUGAAGACUUACGAUAAAGCAAGAAAUGCUCUGGCUCUUGCCCUAAGUCCCGUUGUUAAGGCUCUUAUUAAUCCAGAUGGAGCAAUGAGGGAUAUAAGAGAUUUGGAUAAUAUAAGCUUCUCAGAUUGGUUUUUGUCUAAAGGUGGUACACGCAUGAGCAUCCAGAGAAUGUGGGAUCCGGUUGCUUAUGCCUUGGGUUUUAUUGACUGUGAUAACAUCAGUGCUCGUUGUAUGCUUACGAUUUUCUCUCUGUUUGCCACUAAGACAGAGGCUUCCCUUCUGCGUAUGCUGAAGGGUUCUCCCGAUGUCUACUUGAGUGGUCCAAUCAGAAAUUAUAUAACAGAAAGAGGAGGCAGGUUCCAUCUAAGGUGGGGAUGCAGAGAGAUACUUUACGAUAAAUCCGCUGAUGGAGAGACAUAUGUUACCGGACUUGCCAUGUCCAAAGCUACUAACAAGAAACUCGUAACUGCUGAUGCUUAUGUUGCUGCAUGUGAUGUCCCUGGAAUAAAAAGGUUACUUCCAUCCGGGUGGAGGGAAUCAGAAUUUUUUAAUAAUAUUUAUGAACUAGUGGGAGUGCCGGUUGUUACCGUGCAACUCCGAUACAAUGGCUGGGUCACAGAGUUGCGGGAUCUACAACGGGCAAGGCAACUGAGGCAAGCUAUAGGCCUUGAUAAUCUUCUGUAUACUCCAGAUGCGGAUUUCUCCUGUUUUGCGGACCUAGCUCUCACUUCUCCCGAAGAUUACUACAUCGAGGGACAAGGUUCAUUGCUCCAAUGUGUAUUGACACCAGGAGAUCCGUACAUGCCGUUGCCAAACGACGAAAUCAUUAAGAGAGUAUCAAAGCAGGUUUUGACUCUAUUCCCAUCAUCCCAAGGUUUAGAAGUUAUUUGGUCGUCUGUUGUCAAAAUUGGGCAAUCUCUAUACCGUGAAGGACCUGGUAAAGAUCCAUUCCGACCUGAUCAAAAGACACCCAUAAAGAACUUCUUUCUUGCUGGAUCAUACACAAAGCAGGAUUAUAUAGAUAGCAUGGAAGGAGCAACUUUGUCUGGCAGGCAAGCAUCAGCCUACAUAUGUGAUGCCGGGGAAGAGUUAGCAGCGCUGCGAAAGAAGCUUGCGAUGGUUGGUUCUCAAGAACAGAUGGAAACUUCAAGUGUUACCGAUGAGUUAAGUCUUGUAUGAUUGUUUAUCUGUAUAGUAAUAUACUCAAACCACCUAAAAUGGCCGAGACAAGGCGGUUGCUGUUGCCUCCCUUCAACAUGUUUUAUAACAUUUAUAUAAUCAAAGGAAGUUAUAAGGAAAUUACUUUUA